AUGGACGAGCGGUAUUUGGAAACAAUCCCAGAGGUUGAGUCGUUGUACAGUCGGCGCAGUAGUGUUGCGACCAAUCUUCCCGAACUGCCAUUUCGCGCUGUUCCUCCCAUGACGGAAGAGGAGUACGCCUAUUCCAACUCCAACGAGAUUGUCUCUCCUACGAUCAACACCACCUUCUAUUCUCAACAGCAUCCUUCUUCGAUCCCUUCACAUACACGAUCUGAAUCCGGUCAGCAAUCCAAUGUCUCGCCGAUCAGUACGCAAGAAUCAUUCCAUGCCAACGGCUCAGAUGCGUCUCUAGUGUCUCCAAUCGAAGCGUCCUUCCCAACCCCUACUCAACAGAUGCACUCGGAGAAGUCGACAUCCCGGAGUCAGAUCCCGCGGAAACUCCCCGUCCCAGAGACGCAAAAGUCUCCAGACGAUACUAGUAUACCGAAGAAAUGGUCACUACGCGAGAGGACCGAUGGAGAGACACGGUGGGAUGAAUAUUCGGGAGAGCCAAAUCAGGCGGGGAAGCCUCCAUCCGUCAGGCCAGGCGCGCAACCCCCCCUGGAACAUCAGUAUCCUCAACUCAAGGAACGAACGCGGCAGAUCUUGGCAGGGCUCAGAGAGCGCGAGGCCGUCAAGAAAGCCACAUGGGGAACACCCGUUUCUGAACCGGACGAAUCUGAUCCUCUGGACAAUCCGGUACAGCGUCCGCCUUGGAAAGGCGCAAGUGGGCGACACGCCAUUGUCGAACCGGUCAAAAACACUCCGUCGGCUCGAAUACGGCCGUUGGCCCUACAACGGCGCCGCCAGAAGAAGGGUGGUGAAACAGCAGAAUCAGAGACAGGAAGAAGUGUAACCCCUGAACAAGCCGAACACACUCCAAGGUCUCCUAUCGACGCUGUCUCUGUCGCCGCUUCAAAACUCUCGACCAUCAAGCCAAGUGUAUCUGAAGAAAGCAUCAAGCCUGUCGUCCCGCUCAAGUUGCGAAAUACACCCCGCGUCCUAUCUCCGACGCAAAACACCCUGUCACUCGACAGUCCAUUCCAGAGUCCGAGCCAAGUUUGGGGAGUGCGUGAGAUAUCUGCAAGUCCUGCUCCCAGCACCAGCACCGUCCAAGAAAACGGAGCCGAUAGCCCUACCCUUGGCACGACACCGGGGAACGUCGCUGCAGAUAUGGGAAGCCGUGGCAGCGCAGAGUCUGUCGAAACCACGAUAACACAGCACCAACAACCCACAAUCCAGCGUGAACAAGACACCACAUCCAGCUGGAACACCUACACAACCACAACCACCACCGACACGAACAAUAUCAUACCCUCCAGUCCAACCCCACACGCCCAGCUCACAAGCAGUCCCGACUCGAUCUCAUCCAAGUCUUGGAGCACAACAAACGCACCAGUAUCCGUACCCGACCCGAUCGUGCUCCGCAAACGAGUGGCCGCGAACAAUAGCGGCCGCCACAAAAGCCACAUCAACCACAGCUACUACGCCAGCACCAACAGCAGCACCAACAGCAUCUCGCCCUUCUCCACCACGACCAGUCGAAGAUCCAGCGGCGCCACGAUCCUCCGCAAAGCGAUUGGCAAAAACGAUCUAGAACCAGACAAAAACGACAAUAGCAGUACUAGUCCACAUCCACCAGUCCACGACAAACCACGCGCCGUGAGUCUCAUGUCGGGUCUCUCCUCCGGCACCGGCACCGGCACCGGCAAAUCUCUACCCCCAACCCCAAGUGAACUAGAAGCCGCAGACAAGGCGGCGAGUCUCCAAGCGCGCCUGGAUGACCUGUCGCGCCGGAAACGGAAUCUGAACAAGAUCAUCGCCGAGCUGCGCGACUCGUUGAAGAGAAACGCCAUCGUCUACGACGCCCGCAAACGCAAGGAGGUCGACAAGAUGAUCAUCAACCUCAACCUGGAGUUGCAGGACAUCACCAAUGAGGAACAUGAAACCGCGCUGAGGCUGCAUCGCGUGCGCAAACGGAGGGAUAAAGACGAUUUCUAUGAAGAGCCGACUGGUCUGUGGAUCAAGCGGGUUACAACUUAG